UCGGCUCUGGGCUGCAGCGUUAUCGACGCCCAAUGCUGAUAAGUCAUAAGUCAUAACUCUAACAAAAGCCAGCAGAAACGCGCAAGGUAUACAAAGACACAGGAAUUGAAGACAUCUCUAUUGGAGUUCCAUUCUGCGAGUAGGCAUCUAGCUAUGAUACUCGCAGUUCUAUUCGCCAACUCUGAAGGGAACAUCCUUGUUGAACGAUUCAAUGGAGUUCCAGCUGAGGAAAGGCUGCAUUGGCGAUCUUUCUUAGUCAAACUAGGAGCUGAAAAUCUUAAAGGUGUGAAGAAUGAAGAACUCCUUGUUGCUUGCCACAAGUCAGUUUACAUUGUUUACACUGUGCUUGGGGAUGUCAGCAUCUAUGUUGUGGGCAAGGACGAAUAUGAUGAACUAGCCUUGUCAGAGGUGAUCUUCGUCAUAACCUCCGCUGUAAAGGACGUAAUCGGGAAACCUCCCACUGAGCGCCUUUUCCUGGACAAGUAUGGAAAAAUAUGCUUGUGUCUGGAUGAAAUUGUUUGGAAGGGAUACCUGGAGAACACAGAAAAGGAGAGAAUCAAGAGAAUGAUAAGGCUAAGGCCUCCAACUGAAUUUUGAUCAGAUACUUUUGGCUGUAACCAGCGAUUGGAGAAUGGAAAAGAAUCACAUGGUCUGACGGACCAGAAUGUAUCACAGGAGUGUGUAGUAUGUUUUUCAAGCUUUGGGAAGGCUUAGUUUUAUCAGUUUAAUGGAGAGAUUUCGUGAUUUUGUGUGAGACAGAAGCAAUGUAGUAGUUUCCCGAUUUCUAUAUUUCGAACAAUGCCAAUCUCAUGUAUUCUAUGCCUGCUACAAUGUCUGAAGCAACAGCCUUUUGUGGAGCAUUACAUAUUACAUUAUUACAUAACAUUACCAUACUUCUCUUA